AAAGCCCUUCAGCACCACUCGCCUCUGGACAGCAUCUGAAGCGGCGAGCUGGAGGGAUCAAAUAAAAGCAGAAGAUUUGCUGGAACGCUGCGAACUGCAGGUUCAAACGUGCACUUUUUGUCUGCACGCGUUUUAAUUGCAUUUCAUUGAAGAACCAACAACCAAGAGGAGCAAACAAACAAGUCACUGGACGGCACCAACAUAAGUUUUUUUUUUAUUUUAAGCUGAAGUCACUUGGAAGAUUUGACGGCACCAUAUUUGCAGUCAACUGGGCCCUCUUGUGAAUUUCUACACGCCUGAAAGACAGAAGAAAAGCCAGAAGCUCCAAAGAGAUUUCCCCAUAAGCAGAGAAGAAAGGCUAAAGUCCUCCCUUUUGUUUUUGAUCAAACCUUCUAAGAAUGUUUGCAGUUUUAGUGGUGAGGUCGUGCACAUAGCAACUAUUGCAAGAACACUGAAAGAGCAAAGAAGAAUCAGACACGGCAAACGUGAGCUGGGAUCAUUAGUGAAGUUGCUUGCAUCUGGAAACUGUGAGAAAAAAAUACACUGAAAGAUGACUGCUGUCUGAUGAAUAUCAUGGCUAUCCUUAAAGGCAUUUCCAUGUGCAUUUAUGUGUGCUGACUUUUAUACUAAAGGGGCUCCAAUUGGAUGCAGAUUCAGCCCUUCAAAAUGGGCCUGCGAGGUGGCUUCAGCUCAUGCUGCUGUCUGUGGCUUUUUGCUUGUUGUUUCUUCAUCUCCCGUGCGGCAAAACCCAGAAUGCCUGGCCACACACACCUCAACUCAAUACGCAUUGAUGGGGACAUAUCGCUGGGUGGGCUUUUCCCAGUGCACGCAAGAGGAAAUGAUGGGAAAGCCUGCGGCGAGCUAAAAAAGGAGAAGGGGAUCCACAGGUUGGAGGCUAUGUUGUUCGCGCUGGACCGCAUCAAUAAUGACAACGAGCUGCUGCCGAACAUCACUCUGGGGGCUCGCAUCCUGGAUACGUGCUCGCGCGACACUCACGCUCUGGAGCAGUCUCUGACGUUUGUACAGGCGCUGAUUGAAAAGGACUCAACAGACAUCAAGUGUCUGAGCGGAGGGCCACCCAUCAUCACCAAGCCAGAGAGAGUUGUCGGAGUGAUCGGUGCAUCUGCUAGCUCUGUGUCAAUCAUGGUGGCAAACAUACUGCGCCUUUUCAAGAUCCCUCAGGUGAGCUACGCCUCCACAGCUCCAGAGCUGAGUGAUAACACGCGCUACGACUUCUUCUCUCGGGUGGUGCCGCCUGACACCUAUCAGGCUCAGGCUAUGGUUGACAUUGUCAAAGCCAUGAACUGGAACUACGUCUCCACUGUGGCCUCUGAAGGAAACUACGGAGAAAGCGGUGUGGAUGCAUUCAUUCAAAAGUCUCGAGAGGACGGUGGCCUGUGCAUUUCCCAGUCUGUGAAAAUCCCACGUGAACCAAAAGCAGGAGAGUUUGACAAGAUCAUUCGGCGGUUGGGUGAAAACCCAAAUGCCCGGGUGGUCAUUAUAUUUGCCAAUGAGGAUGACAUCAGGCGGCUGCUCCAAGCGGCAAAGAAGGCCAAUCAAACAGGCCAUUUUAUCUGGGUGGGUUCAGACAGCUGGGGCUCCAAAAUCUCCCCGAUACUGAACCAAGAAGAGAUGGCUGAAGGUGCUGUAACCAUCCUGCCAAAACGACAAUCCAUCAAAGGGUUUGACCGCUACUUCAUCAGUCGAACACUGGAGAACAACAGGAGAAACAUCUGGUUUGCAGAGUUCUGGGAGAACAACUUUCAGUGCAAACUUAGUCGACAUGCUGUGAAAAAAGGCUCUGGCAUCAAAAAGUGCACAAAUCACGAAAGAAUUGGUAAAGAUUCAUCCUAUGAACAAGAGGGAAAGGUCCAGUUUGUGAUUGAUGCCGUUUACGCCAUGGCACACGCUCUGCACAACAUGCACAAAGAUCUAUGCCCGGGGAAAGUUGGCCUCUGUUCGAAGAUGGAAACCAUCAAUGGCACCGUACUGCUUAAAUACAUUCGAAAUGUCAACUUCUCAGGAAUCGCUGGCACGCCUGUGGUCUUCAACGUGAAUGGAGAUGCACCUGGCCGAUAUGAAAUCUACCAAUACCAGAUCAAUAAUAACACCACAGAAUACAAAAUUAUUGGACACUGGACCGACCAGCUGCACUUAGAUGCAGAUGAGAUGCAGUGGCCAGGUGAAACACAAGAAGUUCCCGCCUCCAUUUGCAGCCAACCCUGCCGAGCUGGCCAGCGUAAGAAGACUGUGAAAGGAAUUCCGUGUUGUUGGCACUGCGAGAACUGUGAUGGCUACCAAUAUCAGGCAGACACUUACACGUGCAAGAUGUGUCCUUUUGACCAGCGGCCCAACGACAACCACACCGACUGCAUUUCCAUUCCUAUUGUCAAGCUUGAAUGGAGUUCCCCAUGGGCUGUCAUUCCCGUCCUCAUCGCAGUCUUGGGCAUCAUGGCGACCAUGUUUGUGGUCGUCACGUUUAUGCGCUACAACGACACACCCAUUGUUAAGGCCUUAGGUCGAGAACUAAGCUAUGUGCUUCUGACUGGUAUCUUCUUAUGCUACGCCACAACAUUCCUCAUGAUCUCUGCUCCUGAUGUGUUUGUAUGUUCACUGCGCAGGAUUUUCCUUGGCUUGGGCAUGAGUAUCAGCUAUGCAGCCCUGCUCACUAAGACAAAUCGCAUCUACAGGAUUUUCGAGCAAGGCAAGAUGUCAGUCAGUGCCCCUCGUUUCAUCUCUCCAGCCUCACAGUUAGUCAUCACAUUCAGCCUGAUUUCAGUGCAACUCCUCGGGGUGUGCAUCUGGUUUGGUGUCGACCCGUCACAAGCCAUCAUCGACUACGAAGACCAACGUACAGCUAAUCCCGAUAUGGCUCGAGGAGUCUUAAAGUGCGACAUUUCGGAUCUUUCUCUCAUCUGUCUGUUGGGAUACAGCAUGUUGCUGAUGGUCACCUGCACAGUUUACGCCAUCAAGACCAGAGGGGUUCCGGAGACGUUUAAUGAGGCCAAACCCAUUGGCUUCACCAUGUACACCACUUGCAUCGUCUGGCUUGCCUUCAUCCCCAUCUUCUUUGGGACUUCACAAUCGGCAGACAAGAUGUACAUCCAGACCACAACCUUGACCAUCUCUGUCAGCCUCAGUGCAUCCGUCUCUCUAGGAAUGCUAUACAUGCCCAAAGUCUACGUGGUUCUCUUUCAUCCGGAGCAGAACGUACCAAAGCGCAAGCGCAGCCUGAAGGCUGUGGUCACUGCAGCCACCAUGUCUAACAAGUUCAACCCAAAAGGUGCGCUCAGGCCCAACGGGGAAGCAAAGUCAGAACUCUGUGAAAGCCUGGAAACACAAGACUAUGUUGAGGGAGGGGAGUCUUGUGAGGGACAUUAGACUUUCAGCGUUGGCCUCCAAGCAGACGUAUAUAAGCUACAGUAACCAUGCCAUCUAAAAGGGCGCAGGCCUGAGGAGGGAUACUGGAAGAGUUGCAGCAGAGACAAAAGAUGGGAUUGAAUGGAUGUCAUAUUUGGGUGGAACGCAAGCAAGAGAUGAAAGAUGAAAAGGAUAGGCCAUCAGUUCCCCCCCACCCCUGAAACAAUGUUGGUUUGUGAUGUUUCCAGGUGCGGGAUGAAUGAACCACCUGAAACCAACAUCCUUUCCUUUGGAAGUUGAUAGCACACAUUUCAGGCAUCUCCAAGGCUGAGCCAUUUAACAAAAAUUUGGGUAGUGUCGGAUGGAAAUAUCUUUUUUUUUUUUUUUUUUUUUGCAGUUGAACUGUUGGUAGAUGGUACAUCAGUACUCAUCAAACUUUACAUGCCUUAAAGCUGUUCAUCAAGUACCGCAAGAGGAACUAAGCAUAUCUGGCCACAAACAAAAAGACCAGUCAUUCUGAUUAUUUUUUUGUUUUUGUUUUGUUUUGUUUUUAUUAGUGUUUCACAAUCAUGUCAACAUCGCUAUCAUGUUUGGCAAACCAAGUGUACAGUCCCAGAGCAUGCUUGUGGGAGCAUCACGUGUACUGUGCUGUGUUGUCAAUGGAAUGCAACGUGUCCAGACUGCCAUUAACAAUGGAGACCAUUAGCCAUUCUCUGGUAUAUAAACAAAACGAGGAGCCUGGCAAAAACAAACAAAAAAAAUGAUACGUUUACAUGAGAGAUGAGAAAUGGUUAUGACAUCUUUGAGCCACUGCUGAAAGAUUCCAGAUAUCCUCUUUCAACUAUAAUUACUUCAAGCAUCAAAGACAAUGUGGGAACGGAGAGGAAUAUUUUUUUUUGUGUUGGUUGAUUGUUGUUUUGUGGUACGUGUUCUGUAAAGUGCUUUGGUAAAACUACGAGGGUUGUGAAAGCGCUAUAUUAAUAAACUUGACUUGAUUUAUGUCCAUGACAGUAUGGAGUCUGACUUAAACUUCUAGACUCUAACUCAUUGGCUGCCAUUAUUGGUGAUAGACGAACCAGAUCUGCUUUAAAAAUGAACUUUUUUUCACAUUGACCACACAGUAACUUUGACAUAUUACCAUUUAGGACGCUAACCAGAGUGAUUCUUACUGUCCUAACAAGCUUUAAUGUGUUUUCAUAAAUUGUCUUAUUGGCUGCCAUUGACGUAAGAAACGCCAAAGCCAGUCAUUAGAGUUCAAAUGGAUUUGACAUUCAUCGCUUUCAACGGCAGUGAAGAGUUUAUUAAGUUAGUUGGGAAGUUUCAGGCAAUUUUCAAAUUUUAAAUUCAUUAAAUUCAUUCAUUAAAUUUUAAAUUCUUUGCAAAAGAAAAAAAAAGCAUAAUCACUCACAAGUUUAAAAGUUAAAUACGAUUUGGUUAAUAAACUCUGUAGAUAAGAUACAGUGUGUUUGUGUCCAUGUGUUUGUAUAUGUAUAUAUAUAUAUAGUAUUAGGGCUGUCAAAAUUAUCGCGUUAAUGGGCGGUAAUUAAUUUUUUUAAUUAAUCACGUUAAAAUAUAUGACGCAAUGCAAUUUAACGCACAGGCCCCCCUCAAACAGAUUAAAAUGACAGCACAGUGUCAUGUCGACUUGUUACUUGUGUUUUUUGGUGUUUUGUCGCCCUCUGCUGGCGCUUGGGUGCAACUGAUUUUAUGGGUUUAAGCACCAUGAGCAUUGUGUAAUUAUUGACAUCAACAAUGGCAAGCUACUAGUUUAUUUUUUGAUUGAAAAUUUUACAAAUUUUAUUAAACAUUAAGAGGGGUUUUAAAAUAAAAUUUUUAUAACUUGUACUAACAUUUAUCUUUUAAGAACUACAAGUCUUUAUAUCCAUGGAUCGCUUUAACAGAAUGUUAACGUUAAUGCCAUCUUGUUGAUUUAUUGUUAUAAUAAACAAAUACAGUACUUAUGUACCGUAUGUUGAAUGUAUGUAUCCGUCUUGUGUCUUAUCUUUCCAUUCCAACAAUAAUUUACAGAAACAUAUGGCAUAUCUUAUAGAUGGUUUGAAUUGCGAUUAAUUACGAUUAAUUUUUAAGCUGUGAUUAACUCGAUUAAAAAUUGUAAUCGUUUGA